AUGAGACUCAUAUCUGCUGUUUCAUUACUUUGCGCAAUUGCUGCUACCGCAGUAUCUGCAGCAAGUCUUCCAGAAACUCGUGCAUCAACUUCGACAUCCACACAUGCUCUUGCCUCGGCCUCCACAACCGCCACAGCCAAGGCUUGCAGUGGAAACACAGCCAGCACUCGCAGUGAAUGGUGCCAGUAUGAUAUAAACACUGACUACACCACCGUCAUUCCAGAAACCAAUGUCACUCGUGAAUACUACUUCAAUUUGGAGAAGGUCACAGCGUCUCCUGAUGGACGUUCACGUAUGGCAUUGGCGAUCAAUGGCUCUAUCCCUGGUCCGACUAUUGAGGCGAACUGGGGUGACUGGGUUGUGGUACACUUGACCAACAGCCUGCCCGCUGAUGUGAAGAACGGUACAAGCAUCCACUUCCACGGUAUCCGGCAAUUGCACACCAACCAAAAUGACGGAGUUGUCUCAAUCACGCAAUGCCCUACUGCGCCCAACAAUACUAUUACCUACAAGUGGCGUGCUAUGCAGUACGGUACAACCUGGUACCACUCCCACAUUGGUCUGCAAGCCUGGGAGGGGCUCUUCGGAGGCAUUGUGAUCCACGGCCCUGCCAGUGCAAACUAUGACGAGGAUAAGGGAAUGAUCUUCAUGAAUGACUGGGACAUCAACACGGUCGAUGAGCUGUAUGACACAGCCCAAUUAGAUGGUCCUCCUACACUGGACAAUGGUCUGAUCAAUGGCACAAAUGUCUUCGGAGCAGAUGGAUAUGUCAACCAGACUGGAACUCGGUUCAACACUUCUUUUACAGAGGGAACAUCCUACCGACUUCGUCUAGUGAAUGCAGCUUGUGAUACACACUUCAAAUUCAUGAUUGACAAUCACACUAUGACGGUGAUUGCUAAUGACCUCGUGCCAAUCACUCCUUACAAGACCAACGUGCUCAACAUCGCAAUGGGACAACGAUAUGACGUGAUCGUAACAGCCGACCAAGCAUCCGUUGCCAAAAACUUCUGGCUCCGCGCAAUCCCCCAAAGUGCAUGCUCCGAGAACCUGUCAUCUCAAAACAUCAAAGGUAUCGUGUACUACGGAGACUCACCCUCGACCCCAACAACAUCAGAGUAUAGUUACACAGAUAGCUGUGAUGAUGAGGACAUGUCCGAUCUAACUCCCAUCGUCACGGAAUCUGUCUCAACCCCCUACUACAACAAAUCCGAGCCUGUCACACUAGGCAAGAACGGCGAAAGUCUCUACCGCUGGAAACUGAACUCUACAUCCAUGCAUGUUGACUGGACGGACCCGACCCUGCUUGAAGUCUACCGCGGUCAUCACUCCUGGGCGAAUAGUAGUGGAGUUAUCGAGCUCCCGCAUAAGAACGAGUGGGUGUAUGUUGUCAUCGAGACUACGCUUUCUGUCCCGCAUCCUAUCCACCUUCACGGGCAUGAUUUUUACGUCAUGGCUCAGGGUAGUGGAACUUACGAUGGUGAAGUCACUUCGUUGGCUAGCCCGCCAAAGCGCGACACCGCUAUGCUGCCAUCAGAUGGACAUCUGGUCAUUGCCUUCAAGACCGAUAAUCCCGGUGCUUGGUUGAUGCACUGUCAUAUCGGAUGGCAUACUGAGGAGGGUUUUGCUAUCCAGUUUGUGGAGCGGUAUAGUGAGAUCAAUGCGUUGAUCAAUUACGACGACUUGAAGGAUAACUGUGCUAGCUGGGACACGUAUGAGGCCUCAUCCAGUGUUGUGGAAGAGGAUUCGGGAGUUUGA